AAUUCAGGUUCAGAUAGUUAAUUGUAGUCUCAUUAUUUAGACUGAUUCUCACACUGGGGGGGGGGGGGAGAUAUGAAAUUGCAUUUGUGUGGUGGAAACUAGAAACCUUACAAAUCACAUGUAUGUAGGCGAGAUCCAUCGUAGACAAAAUAGGCUCCGUCUAAAAAAAGAAUCUUGGCAUCACUCCAAUAUUGCUGUUUGACGAGUACAGUUUAUUCCCUCUUUGGUAUUUCAUCCUCUGCAUGGUGUUUAGUCAUUCUCCCGUUCAGUUCGAGCACGCUAUCAGAAUUAAUUUUCUUUCACUAGUGAAGGAUAGUGCCUCCUAGAGUGAAUUCGUGUGUAGAGUGUUGACAAGGAAACGUGUUGAUUUUGGAUACAGAAUCAUGGAAAGUGUGGAAAGAAAAAUUGUUGAUGUUCAAACUCAUUCAUCUGAUAUGUAUACUUAUGAGGACAUCGAGGCGAUGGCCGAAUUUCUGUUGGCCAGGCAACCUCAUCGUCCGACAAUAGGCAUCAUCUGUGGGUCUGGUCUGAUGGGACUGGCCAAUAAGCUGGAGGAGAAAUACACCAUACCAUACGAGAAGAUUCCAAACUUCCCCGUCAGUACAGUUGAAGGACACCAUGGUCAGUUCUGCUUUGGAACUCUGAAUGGGAAGACUGUAAUGAUGAUGCAGGGAAGAUUCCAUCUAUAUGAGGGAUACCCAUCAUGGAAGCUUAUUGCACCUGUGCGUGUCAUGAAGCUCAUCGGCGUGGACACCCUGGUAGUAACAAAUGCUGCUGGCGGAAUGAAUCCUAACUACAAAGUCGGGGAUAUCAUGGUUAUGAUCGAUCACAUCGGAAUGCCAACAUUGGCCAAUUCGAACCCCCUCUGUGGCCCCAACGAUGAUAGGUUUGGUGCAAGAUUUAUCAACAUGUCUAACGUCUAUGACAAGAAGCUGAGGAAACUCACUUUGAAGGUUGCCCAGGACCUGCAGUGCUCAACGUAUGUAAAAGAGGGCAUCUACGUCAUGGUUGGAGGGCCAUCGUACGAGACUCCAGCUGAGCUGAGACUUCUGAGAGCAUUGGGAGCCGAUGUCGUAGGUAUGAGCACCGUCCCGGAAGUGAUAGCUGCAAGGCAUUGUGGGAUGCGCGUCCUUGGUUUUUCACUGGUGACGAAUGCCUGCAUCAUGGACUAUGCCACCAAAGGUGAGGUGUGUCAUGAAGAAGUCCUUGAAACCGGGAAGUGGCGUGCAGGAGUCCUCCAGGAUCUAAUUGGACAAGUCGUUGAGAGGAUAAAUGGAGAGGAAUGAGAAUAGCUCGAGUCCAAUCAGCUUGAUCCUCCCUCCUGAGUAACCUUGUAUAGAUUUUAUUAGACAUUUGAAGAGAUUUCUCUCAUAACUUGAGAAAAAGGACUUGAGAAUGAAUAGUAUCUCUUCCGGUUCUAACAGAUUAUCUAUCUCAUGAAUUUAACAUAGAUUUUCUAUUUUGUGAAUUUGAGCAGAAUGUAAUUCAUCAGCUACCAUUCAUGUGUGAACGGCCCACCUCUCAUAUUCAAACAUCUUCCAUUCAAAUAUGAACGUCGAGGAACAACCAGCGCCCCGACCCAGAUGCUGUCAGCUUCUUAUUAGAUCACCAUUGUUCAUGAUCCCAAGUUUUCAGGCAUUCCAGGAUACAAUGUUAUUGAUGAGAAAAUUAGCUGUACUGCAGAAACAGGGUUCUUUCUUUGAAGUUUGUUUGCAUACUUACUAUUGCAUAUAUGCAAGUAACUUGAAGUGAAAACAUUUCUGUUUUGCUGUGCUGGUUUUGGAAACCUGCGGUUCAAGUUGAAUAUUUUCUGGGUUAAUUUAGCCCUUGGUUUAAAAUGAUGAGAUUAAAAUCUGGUUUUGAUAGAUGAGCUACAUCCAAUUGCGAGGUAUAAAUUGUAGUAUACAAGUCAAAUUCUUGCAAAACUCAGCACAAAACAAUACAGCUUGAUGACAGUAUUCCAAGUAGUGUGGUUACGGUAAGUGGCAUCAGACAAAGAGAAUACAGGUGCCUUUGUUGUAGGAGUUCUUUUCUCCUGUGCUGGCCGCAAAGAAACGUUGUUAGCCUAACAGAGCGCUAACAGUAAGCCCAGUCACAUCUUUCGGAUUGUGAAAUCAUAACAUUUAUUCCAAUGUGUGAGUAAUGCAUUGUUGUAACAUAGGCAUCACCAUCACAUUACCGGUUGUGACAGAGCCUCUGUUAAUGCAUUUUUAGCACCAACAAUGUUUCUGUGUUGUCAGUACUAGGCCCAGUCUUACAAAGAGGUACGAUUGAUCCGAUCUAUCGUAACUCUAUGGAAAUCCAUCAGUGUCAUAAUUUUUUUCUAAGAAAAAUUUGCACAAUGUCCUUUUAUGCAGAGAGAAGCGCAGUGAAUUUUCAAGAAAACCAUGAAUGCAUGAAUAUACAUCACAGCUAGAAAAUAUUUUGAACAAACAUGCAUAAUAGAUGUUGACAUUGCUGCCAUCCAUAGUUGAGAUUGAUCGGAUCAAUUGUAACUCUUUGUAAGACGGUUAUUGUUAUUAUGCAAUGAAGCUGUAAAUCUUGAUAUCUCGUGAGAUCGUAAUUACUUAUUUCUUACAAUGAAAUACAAGAGGUAUCCAGCUGUUAGUUUUGCAGUAUUCGAUACCUCACUCUGUCAGGAAAUCUGCAUCUUUGGGAAAGCCAGUAUUCUUAAAAUUGUAUUGCACAUAUUGCAGAAAUUGUGAAAAUACGGGGGGGGGGGGUGUCUUUACCCCUUGAAAAACUGAAGAAUUGUUAAUGUAUUAUCUCUGGAUGUAAUUUGUUAUUUACAAUUGAGAUGUCAAAAGAGCUUUGAAGAGAACUACAUCUCUUCCCUGUAAAUACAUAAAUCUAUAAAUCACUAUUGCAAUUAUUCUUACAGGGUAAGUAAGAUUGAAUGAUUGAAGUAAAAUUAUAUGAAUUCUCUCAAUUUACAUGCAUGUUUGUUUGCAUGCCUAUAUUUCAUAAUAUUUCUUACUUCCAGAAGUUCCAGGAUACUGCCCAACUCCUAUAAAAGGGGUCAAACAGGCAGGGGUUUAAUUAAAGUUUCUUUUGUAGCACAAAUAUAUGAUUAUAAUAAAAUAACUUCAGAAAUUUUGCAUGAAUCUCAACACCCACAACUUUCACAAGCACACUUUUUUUUUUCUCCUGUCACAUUACUUGUAUUAACUUUUUUCCCCAUAUGAUACGACUGGCUAAUGCAAUGGUUGCUAUGGUAACUUUGACUAUUGUAGCCUUGACUAAACAAUUUGUUUAUAAGGUUUCAUUUCCUUCGUGUGGUUUUAUGAAGUCAAGAGCUGUUGGGUCUGUCGGACAGAUUCAUAGUAAUUUGUAACCCAAUCUGCCAAAUAAGUAUCUUGUUUAGUUUACCAUUGCAAGUUGUAAAUUUGUUCAAAAUAUUUCUGAUAGCAAGAUUGAAACAAAUCUUUGUCAUGAAAGAUUGUCAUGAAAUGCAGGUUCUUAUGUUGUCUCGCUAAAUACCAUCAUUACUUAAAGAAUUCAUUUUUGCUCUUGAAAUACAGGAGUUUUACAGUAGAUUCAGUCAAAUUUACAACUGCUCUCAUAUGCUUAAAUACCUCUUACAAUAUCUCUGAUGGAUUUAUGUUUGCAUAUCAUGUAUUAUAUAAAGUGGUGGAGGUUUCUUUGGUUUAAAUUUUGUUAUGUUUUUUUUUUGUAUUGAUAUGAGGCUACCUCUGUGAGACCAAUUUUCUCUAAAACAAUUUAACUGUCUUUUUAAAAAAAUUACCAAAAUCAUUACUGAAAUUUACAUCUAUAUAUGCUUGGCGUUCAAAUGAUGUGCUCUUUAGAGAACAAGUUGAAUUUUAAACAUCUCGUUUAAUUACUUUAAAAUCUUUCUGCAUAAUUCUUUGGAUAUCUGCAUUAUAUUUUAUGGAGCAGACCUGGUAUGCAUGGUAUAUUUCCUAUAAUUCUAGAUUAAAGAUUGGUUAUGAUUUUUAUGCAGUUUAAUGUUAUAAUUCCUUUAUCUGAAAACUUACAGUGAUGUAGUACUUUGUAGAAAUAAUUACGAUAACUUGCCAUAAAGCUAAACUGCAAGGAAGCUAAUUUUAAGGGUGUUAGAAGUUGACAAAUUAUUGUCAUAAAUGCAUUUUCAAUUAAAUCUUUUUUAAAAAUACAAUAUAGAUAUUCUAAUCUGAAGGCCGUCACAUUGUUCCGUGCAAGCCUUGCGAGUGAGUUGCAGGUAACUAUUUUAGCUGCCCGCAGAAGCGCACGAAAGUCUGAAUUGCAGGCAGAAAAUUUCAGGAAAUGCUCAAAACUUUGUUGCGGGGGAGUUGCGGGCAAUCAUCUGCAACUCGCCCGCAAUGCUUGCAUGGAACGAUGUGACAGGGCCGUAAGGAAAGUGUGCAAUCCAGAGAUUUCAGACAAGAUGGUAUUAAAAUUUUUGGAUGUGACAAGUCAUAGCUUGUGUAAUUAUAGGAUGGCAUUAUAAGUGGCACUCGUGGUAUUCUCAGAACGCUGCUAAUAUGAAGUAUUACAGCAUAUCUUGCUCUCCCGGUUAAUUUUUCAUGGUAUACAAUAGUUUUGAAAUGCGCUAGUCAUUAAUAUUUUAUCAUUAUGUUUUAACGACUCCUUAAAGAUGGCUGUUGAUGAUAUAGAUAUUUUCUAUAAUGGGGGGGGGGAGGCUUAAAGUAUUCAUAAUGUGAAUUUCAAGUUUCUAUAUUAUCCAAUCCACAUUUUUCAAAGAUUAUCUGUUUUAUGAAAUGUAUUUAAAAAAAAUUCAUUGCCCCUUUCACAUUCAUAAUUAAGUUUUAAUAUGUAAGUGAUUAACCAGCCGAAAAUUGGCAUAUUUUCGGUGAUUGAUAACAUUAUUUAAAAGAAAUAUUACUGAAAACAUUUAUUUUGUUCUUUAUUUACAUUUAUCCUUUUAUAUCUGUGUUGGUACUCUUGUAACUUGUGUGUUGCAUUUGUAUGUACUUCAGUUUCCAUCUAUUUAUUUGCCAUAAUAUGUAUUAAAGUAUUCUUUGUACCUUGGUAGUUACAAGAUCUUCCUAUUGGAUCAUUCCAUCAUGUUUGGCCUACAUGACCAUGUGAUGUCAGUUUGACAUCCGUGGGAUAUCCAUAUGACAUCCAUGUCAAAUCCACAUUUCACAGUAAUUUUUUUAUAGAUGUGGCUAAGUUUUAUGAGUAAGUCAACGUUUUAAUCAGCCACAUUUUAAUUGAUGUCGCCUAAAUUUUUAUUGUUACCUAGUAACAUGAAAAUCAAAUUUAAGCAUCAUUGGCAGUAAGCUUUUUUACGACUCUGCAAUUUCAAUUCACUACAAUGCUUGAGAAGUAAAUAUUAUUUGGAUGCUAUUAAGUAUUUGUGGUGAAGCCCCCCAAAAGUUAUCAGAUAUUUGCCUAAUUUUAGUGAGACAUAGACUGUUACAUAACCUUACCUGGUGGAAUGACCCCUCUUUCCCCCAUAUCAUUAGAGUGGAGACUCAAAAUAAAAACUUUUUAUCAUUUAUUUUGCCUUUUUGUCACAUAAAUACUGUAGUUGAUAUUAUUGUUUGUUUGUAUUCAAGCUGCUUGUACAUGUACUAGUGUUAUUCUAGCAAGCAAUACAUCAUUGAAUUGACACUUAAUUUAAUGACCAGGACUUAGGUCUGAAUGUAACUAAGUGUCAUAAAAUUUUAUUGUAAAUUUGCCUGGAUGUGAAUAAUUCUGGCAGUUCAAAUGCCAGAAUAAGUAGCUCUUUGUCUUUUCAAAAGGCUUUUAUAGUUUGAUGUUGCAUUACGUCUUGCAUGUACAUGCAUGUAGUCCCUGAUUCUCUGAAUGAUUGAGAUAUGAGAUAUAAAUGAAUUCCUACCCUAAUUUGUUAUUAGAUGGCAUUAUUUCUUGAUUUUUUUACAAAAUUGAUUCAUUUUUUGAAUUGCUUCCAAUUGAAAAGAUUGCCUCUUUUCUUUGAUCACACAAUAAUAUAAUAUUUUACUUGCUAUGGACAAGUCGGCUUUGUAGUGUUUUAGUAAAUAUUGCCUUUGAAAUCUUCUCUUUCAAGCAAAUUUCAUUGUAAAUUAUCUUGUAAAUAUAUUUUUAUAUAAGAGGAGUUUAUUGUAUGAUGUAGAGCACAGAGUUACUAUGUUGAUGUUGUGUAAGGCUUGUAAUAUUUGCCUAAAAUUGGAAUGUCAGUCUUGGGUCUACCAAUAGAAAAAACGACCAUCUUCGAGAUAGAUGAUGUUUAAUCAGAGAUAUUUUAUGGAGCAGUAAUAUCCCGCUAUGGUCUCAGCUCCUUAUGUUAAUUCAACAUGAUAGAAAACUCUUGCUUCUACAAGACACUAAUUCCCACUGUACUCACACAACUUUAAUUGGUUAUAUUAACUAUUGUAGUGUUAUGGUGACAAAAGUUUUGUAAAUGUUCUACAGCACAAAAUAUAGCAUUUUAUCAGAAUAUUAAUUGUUAACGUACUGUUUCUGUAAAAUGCAAACUUAGAAAUCAAUCCCAUGUCUGACAUGCAGAAUUUAUAAUGGUCUUCAGGUUUUAGUAAAAUGUCAUUAUUGGCUGCUUUCGUUAAAUAAUCCUAACAUGACCUUGAUGUGGACAUUGUUGUAGAAUUAUGUGAUAUUCAAGCUUAUCUGUUGCCUUUACACAAUAAAAAUCCUGUGAAAAGACACUAA